CUACCUGUAUCUAUCUCCCGAUAACAAAAGUUAAAAAAAUCAUUACUCUGUGUGUGUGUUUGCAAAUCAAUCGAACGAUUAUCUUCACAGGUACACCAGAAAUUCAACCGAUUCGUUUCGAGUUUUACUGCAUACUCACCGGUCAGUUCAUCUUCGAUUUCUUCUGUUGUUGUUGCGAGAAAUCAGCUGAAACACGCUGCACAAUCGGCUGAACAUCUCAUUAUUCUCAUCAUGUAUUGGUUUUGUGAAUUUUGAAGUUUAUUGGCAGCAUAAGACAGAAAGGUGUCCAGUGUCGUUUACUUGUUUUGAAGGCGUUCUUUGGUGUUGCUAUCUCAUGUGUUCAGUGUAUCACUAUUUGAAUACGGUGUUUGUGUACUGGGCCCACAUUCUAAAAUCCAAACAAACUAACCACCACUAUUAAUGGAUCGACCACAAACUGUUGAAUAUGCCGGGCAUGUGAUUGAUAUUACCCAAGAUAGACCGAUUACCGAGUCAAACUCGCAGCAAAACGAAGAACAACCUUCUACUAGUGUCAAUAUUCCCGUUUUCCAACAUCCUUUUUCACUUACAAACGAGAGAAGAACACCGUUUGCUAGAAGGGGGAAUGGCACUGGAAGACGCAGGAGCCCAUUGAAUUCUGGUUACUGGAUAUCUAUAGAAUUAGUUAUAACCAUUAGUCAAAUAAUAGCAGCAAUAAUUGUUUUAUCCUCAUCAAGGCAUGAGCAUCCUCAUGCUCCGUUAUUCACAUGGGUUAUUGGUUAUGCUUCUGGAUGUGUUGCAACUCUCCCGUUGCUAUUUUGGCGUUUUUAUUUUAGAAAUCAAACAUCAGACCAAGAACCAGCUCAGCCUUCUUCCGGCAGCCUUUCUGCUAUUGCCACUUCUUUAACUUCUUCUUCAAAUGCAACGAAUUCAAUAGUGGGCACUCGCAACAACUCUGGUACAACAAGGCCUAUAGCGAGUUUACUGAUUGCAAGACUCAAAGUACUUGUUGAAUACUUCAAAAUGGGUUUGGAUUGCUUCUUUGCGGUGUGGUUUGUUGUCGGGAACGUGUGGAUCUUCGGAGGCCAUUCUUCUGCUGCUGAUGCUCCCAACCUGUACAGGUUAUGUUUAGUGUUUCUUACGUUCAGCUGUAUCGGGUAUGCAAUGCCAUUCAUCUUGUGUGCCACAAUCUGCUGCUGUCUUCCCUGUAUCAUUUCCGUUCUGGGCUUCAGGGAGGAUUUAUCGCAAAACCGAGGGGCAACUACAGAAUCUAUUAAUUCUCUGCCUACCUAUAAAUUUAAAAUUAAAAAACACAAACAUAACAAAGAUAGCCAUGCGGGUGCUAAUGAAGGUGGGGGGAUCGUGGCUGCAGGAACACAAAACGAGCGUGUUGUGUCUGGAGAAGACGCUGUAUGCUGCAUUUGUUUGGCAAAGUACGCAAACAAUGAUGAACUACGGGAGUUGCCGUGUACUCACUUCUUUCACAAGGAUUGUGUGGACAAGUGGUUAAAGAUUAAUGCCUCAUGCCCACUCUGUAAGAGUGAAGUCGGGGAGAACGUUUUGGGUUCACUAACGGUGCAGUCGUAAACAUGGUGGUUGGUUAGUUUCAGACACGGACUUUAUAUUACAUAUAUAAUCAAAUCUGUUAAUAUGCAUGCAUAUGACGUUUGUUUUAAAGAUUGUCGUUUCAUAAUGAAUAGAAGCCCCUAAACACUUUGACUAGUUAAUUGCUUUUGGUAGGAUGUAUCAUGAUCGUGCAUUUCAAAUC